UUAUGACUUAGCAAACAUCUCUCACUCAUUUCUUCAUCCAUGGCUCCAUGCCCUUCAUUCAAUUCUCUGUUCCUGUGUACUACAGCAUCAUGAACAACAACAUUUAACAGAAGAAAUAAGAACAAAAUCUACACCAAAAAGUUUGUUUUGAUCUUUCAUUUGAAGCUUAUUUCCAACCACUUUUCUUCAUCUACCAAUGGCCAUUUCAAAGUGUGUAAACAACAAGAAACACCAACACCACCACCAAUGUUACAUAUCUGUACCUUCAGAGAUCAUCAACUCUCUCUCAUCUAACUCACUCCACUCUCUUCUUCUCUCUCCCAAAAAAGCUUCAAAGACUGCAACUUUUUCAAGAUCAAAGCUUUUCAAGAACCCCAAAACAUGGUUUUUGUUCCUUUUUGUUUCUGGGUUUCUGUUUAUGAUGAAGUUGUGGUACAAUUUUGACCCUUUUAACCCAAACCCAUGUGGGAUUGUCCCCCAAAAGGUGAGUUUAAGCUUGAUUCCAAAUGGGGUUUUAAAAUCUUUGAAUAAAGAUGAAGAAAAAGAUGAAGAGUUGAAGGGGUUUUGGAAACAGCCUGAUGGGCUUGGGUAUAGGCCUUGUUUGGAUUUUAGUAGUGAGUAUAAGAAACAAAGUGUUGAGAUUUUGAAAGAUAGAACAAAGUAUUUGGUGGUGGUUGUUUCUGGUGGUAUGAAUCAACAAAGAAACCAGAUUGUUGAUGCUGUUGUGAUUGCUAGAAUCCUUGGUGCUGCUCUUGUUGUUCCAAUCUUGCAAGUUAAUGUUAUUUGGGGUGAUGAAAGUGAAUUUUCAGAUAUAUUUGAUGUAGAACACUUCAAGGAAGCUCUAGCAGAUGAUGUCAGGAUCAUCUCAUCAUUACCAUCUAACCAUUUGAUGUCAAGACCAGUGGAAGAGAAGCACACUCCCCUUCAUGUUUCCCCUCAAUGGAUUCGAGCUCGAUACCUCAAAAGGAUGAAAAGGGAAGGCGUUUUGUUGUUACGUGGGUUAGACUCGAGGCUGUCGAAGGAUCUUCCUUCUGAUCUCCAAAAGCUAAGAUGCAAGGUUGCGUUUCACGCUUUGCGAUUUGCACCACCGAUUCGUGAGCUAGGAAACAAGCUCACCGAGAGAAUGAGGAGCAAAGGGCCUUAUCUUGCUCUUCAUCUUAGAAUGGAGAAAGACGUAUGGGUCAGAACGGGCUGUCUUCCGGGCUUGAGCCCGGAGUAUGAUGAAAUAAUCCACAAUGAACGAAAACGUCGACCCGAGCUUUUAACUUCAAGAUCAAACAUGACUUACCAUGACCGAAAACUUGCUGGUCUUUGCCCCUUAACCGCCUUGGAGGUCACGCGGCUCUUGAAAGCUCUUGGAGUACCGAAAAACGGGCGGAUCUUUUGGGCGGGUGGGAGCCCGUUAGGUGGUUCAAAAGUAUUAUCACCGUUAAUGACCGAAUUUCCUCAUUUCUACAACAAAGAAGACUUAGCAUUAGCCGGAGAGCUAGAACCGUUUGCAAAAAAAGCAUCCAUCAUGGCGGCCAUCGACUACAUUGUGUCUGAAAACAGUGAUGUGUUCAUGGCAUCUCAUGGUGGGAACAUGGGCCAUGCGAUCCAAGGGUAUCGGGCGUAUUCGGGCCAUAAAAAGACGAUUACGCCCAACAAACGACAAAUGCUAUCUCAUUUUCUUAACACUUCUCUUCACGAAGACGAAUUCAAUAGAAUCAUACUGGCUUUACAUCGGGACUCGAUGGGGCAGCCCGAGAUUAGAACUAGCAAAGCAGGACGCGAUGUUACAAAGUUUCCGAUCCCCGAGUGUAUGCGCAAUGAUUCGUCUUUCUGAAAAACAUACAACAUGAUUCAACAAGUUGUUGGGAAGAUAUUCAUUGUUUUGUUUAUUAUACAGAUGUAUACUAGUUAGUAACAUGUAAAUAAAAAAAUCAUACAAUAAUACAUAUAUAGUCAUGUUAACCUCCCUAUUUUUGAGAUAUAAAGCCAAGUAUUAUGUUGUAAA